AUACCCUUGAUACAGAAAAAUGUCAAUCGCAUUGUUAUCUAAAACUUUUAAAUUGAUUUCAUUAACAGCUCCAGUGACUUCAUCAGUAAUUCUAUCAAGGAAUUAUGCUUUCAAGUCAGAUCUUAAAAUUUAUUGGAAGAGACCUGUUAAAGUUCCUUCAAUAUCACCGGAAAAAAGCGGCGAUUUGGAAAAAAUAACAUGGCCAAAAGAAAACGAAUUGAUGGAGAGCUAUGAAAAAUCUGAAGAGUUGAAAACUGCUGACGAUUUAGUAAAAGCACAGUUUACCUUUGCGUUCAACAAAAGAGGAGCAAUGGUCAGAGUGGUCACAAAUGAAACAAAUCAAUUAGUCAAAAGACAUUGUCUUGAUACCGCAUCUCACGAGCGCUUAAUUGCAGGAAUGACAACAAAAAUACGAUCAUUGCAGGAUAUUGUUGAACAAUUUCCGAGAAAUAAAGUUGUUAAGAAACAACUAAAGGAGCUCAUUGAGAAACGAAAAAAGUAUUUGAGACUUUUGCGUAAAUGGGAUUAUAGAAAAUUUGAAUGGAUUCUGGAUCAACUUAAUUUAAAGUAUAAACCUUAUCCUGAAAAGUUCCAUCCCAUAACAAGAAAAGAUGGUUUAAGAAAACUUACGAAGCUUCACUGUGAAAAUCUUCAACAAGAGAAACUCGAUGCAUACAGAAAGGAACUUGAAACGAAACAAUUAAGUUUCCUUGAAGAUAAAUUAAAAAAUCUAGAAUUUAUUAGAAAGGAACAAAUUGAAUGUAGAGUUCCGGUGUCUAUCACUACAGAUGAAAUUGAUGCUGUUAGAAAGCAAUAUAAAGAACUUAAAUCGAGACGCGACGAGGAGGCAGAAAUCAUUAAAGCUAAAAACGUUGAAGAUGAUUACGAGUUAAAACUGUAAAACAUGAACAUAAAUUUAAUAAACACACAUGUAGUUAAAAAUAAAA